UUCAGAAUCUUUUCCGAGUCUUCUUGUGAUUUAUCAUCGAUUUGUUAAGCUUUUUUCUUUCUGGGUUUCGAUUAUCAGACUGGAAGGAAUGUCACCAUGUUGGAGAAAGCAUUGAAGAAAUUGGCCAGUGUUAUAUAUCCAGGAAGGUGGAGGAAGUUUGAGACCCUAUAUCACUGAGGUGUAAUUAUGUCCAACAUGGAUUCAAAACGUAAAGGUAUAACUUGGGUUGGGAACUUGUAUCAGAAGUUUGAAGCUAUGUGCUUGGAAGUGGAAGAUAUUGUGUGCCAGGAAACAACUAAAUAUGUUGAAAAUCAGGUGCAGUCGGUUGGUGUAAGUGUUAAAAAGUUUUAUUCUGAACUCAUGGAAGAUUUUCUCCCUCCAUCCUAUGAAGAUCUUGAGAAGCCUAAGGAAGGCAUCGAUGAAAAUCUUAUAGAGGAGUCACCUCCGGUCAAGAAAUUGGAAAAAGUUGCUCCUGAUGGGAAAAAUUUGAGUCGUGGAUCAUCUUUCAGGGUAUUCCCAAAUAUAAGCCAUUUGCCUCCAUCUUCUGAAGAUCCUGAGAAGCCAAAGGAAUGUAUCGGUGAAAAUCCUAUAGAGGAGUCACCUCUGGUCAAGGAAUUGGAAAAAGUUGCUCCUGCUGGGGAAAAUUUGAGUCGUGGAUCAUCUUUUAGGGUAUUCCCAAAUAUAAGCCAUUUGCCUCCGUGUUCUGAAGAUCCUGAGAAGCCAAAGGAAGGUAUCAGAGAAAAUCCUAUGGACGAGUCACCUCCGGUCAAGGAAUUGGAAAAAGUUUCUCCUAAUGGCAAAAAUUUGAGUCGUGGAUCAUCUUUCAGGGUAUUCCAAAAUAUAAGCCAUUUGCCUCCAUCUUUUGAAGAUCCCAUUAAAGGAACAGGUUCUGACUUAACUAUAGAGCUUGGGGUUGAAGAAUUUACUGUAGAGGAUAAGCUGUCUUCUCCCAAGGUUUUGAAAGUAAUUGCUCCUUCGGGGAAUGAUUUCAGUGGGGCAUCAUUGUUAACUGGACUCCACAAUGAAAAUAAUGACAGAACAUGUAAUAUGACAACUACAGUGUCAACCCUCAAUUCAGUUGAUGUUGCACAAUGUAAUUCCACCCAAGGAGCGGGGAAGAUUUGUAAUGAGCUUUUUGAUGCAACAGUGUGUAUUUCUGAUGAUUCAUCUGCUUCUUCAGCAUCUUUGGUUCUUCCAGCUUCAUUCUUAAAAAAUGAAGCAGGAAUUGGACUGACUCCUUCCGGAAGCAUUCCACUGAUUGAAUUUAAGGACAAUUCCAAAACUUUGAAGACAAUAUCUUCAAUGUGUGGUAAUGGAAGAAAACAAUACAAUGAUUGUGCUGAAUUAGAUGCUAUCCUGCCCCUUCCGGACAAUGGAACAUCAGAUGGCUACAAUGUAGAGGAAAUGGCUGAAGGCAAUGGUGCUGCCAGGUCAGAUGAGGAAACCAUUGAUGCAUGUCAUCGUGUGAAGCUUGACGAAAGUUGUGUGUUGGUGGAUAUCAAUGAACUUCACCUUGCCUCCCAGAGGACAGUCAAGAACAGAUCAUACAAGAAAAAACUCCGUGAUGCUUUUGCUUCAAGGAUGAGAUCAGGAAAGAAACAAGAGUAUGAGCGGCUAGCACUUUUGUGUGGAGACAUUGAUACAGGUACCAACAAUGAAAAAGCAGGAAGUUCCCAAAUAUCCACUCUCGCUGAGGGGUUGGAAUCAAAGAAAUUGCCAAUUCAUGAUUGUUGUGAUUCUGAGUGGGAAAUUCUGUAGAUAAAAUGGGAAAUAUGCUGUAAAUAACCAAGCAACACCACUGGUUCUGCAGCCAUCUGUCAAAAUUAAGGUUAUGAAGAUGAUGCCGGUCAACAUUAAUAAUUGUGGCCAAAGUGCCAUUUCCAAGUACAGAAUGUUGAACUGUGGUAGGGGAAAGAAAGUAGGCAGUAAAUCCAUUAGGUCUAGUGAGGAAUUAGAGUUUAUUGAUCUUCCAUAAAAUUGCAACAACCUCCGGUGGUUGGGGUGCAGAACUGGUAGCUAUGAAAUGUUUUCUAUAGGGCAGGAUUUGCUGCUCAGACUCUUUAUCUGCAGUCAAAUCUUUGUUGUUGCCUAUUGUU